UUGUUCCCCCACUUCUCACUCCCUCUGAUCUGGUCUCUUCCGCGGUUGGGGUUGGCGGAAGAUGGAGAGAGCCAGAUUUCCCUGGCCUUUGAGGAGGGGGAACUAGCCUGGCGGAGGGGGGUGCCUUUCCUCGGCCUCCCCCCCCAUCCCAAACACCCCGCACCUGUUGAAGGAAAGGGCGCACGCAGCCCGGCUCUGGGGGAACAGUCCGGUGCGCGACUGUCGUUACAUACGACUUAGCGCCUCUCCCACAGCAACUUUGGCCAAGUGGAGAGGAGUGGAGUGGAGUGGAGGGGCCCUCAGUCCAGACUUUGGCUUGGGGGCAGCUUUUAAGCUGGGCCCAGAUGCUUUGAAUCCUGGGAGGAAGGAGAGGGCAGAACUCCGCUCAGAUCGCCGGCCAAGUUCGGGCAAGUUAGCCUUUGGGGCGUUUGGGGUGCUGCCUGAUUGCAUUCCUAUAAACGAUCAGCCCCGUCUGAUCUUCUUGUUAUUAUUUGGGCAUCUUUGCUAAGGAGGGAGCUGCCGGCUUCUUUAAGGAGACGCAGUCCUCUAGGAAUAAACUUGUCUUUGUAUCAGGCCGAGGAGCACCUCGGAGUGUACUGAGCAGCUCCUAAUGAGUCCUUGUUAAAGGUGACCCUGAACAACAGGAAAUGAUCCAAAACAAGAAGAAUGUCAUCUUAGUAGAUGGCAUCAUACUUAAUGGCCCCACCACAGAUCCAAAAGCGGGAGAAAAAUUUGUGGAAGAGGCUUGUCGACUAAUCAUGGAAGAAGUGAUCCUCAAAGCUCCUGAUGUGAAAGAGAAGGUUUGUGAAUGGCAGCCUCCGGAGCAGCUGAAGAAACUGCUUGAUCUGGAGAUGAGGGACACGGGGGAACCACAUCAGAGACUCUUGAAACUUUGCCAGGAUGUCAUCCGAUAUAGCGUCAAAACCAAUCACCCAAGAUUCUUCAAUCAGCUGUAUGCUGGCAUCGAUUACUAUUCCUUAGUGGCUCGGUUCAUCACGGAGGCAUUGAAUCCAAGUGUUUAUACCUAUGAGGUGUCCCCAGUGUUUCUGUUAGUGGAAGAAGCUGUUCUGAAGAAGAUGAUUGAAUUCAUUGGCUGGAAAGAAGGGGAUGGCAUAUUUAACCCAGGUGGUUCUGUGUCCAAUAUGUACGCCAUGAACUUAGCUCGGUAUAAAUACUGUCCUGAGAUUAAGGAGAGAGGACUUUCCGGGCUGCCCAGACUCGUGCUUUUUACGUCAGCCGAGAGUCAUUACUCCAUGAAGAAGGCAGCAUCUUUCCUUGGAAUUGGUACCCAGAAUAUUUACUUUGUGGAGACAGACUCAAGAGGUAAGAUGAUACCUGAGGAACUGGAGAAACAAGUCCAGCAAGCCAGGAAAGAGGGGGCCGCCCCGUUUCUCGUCAGUGCAACCUCUGGGACAACCGUAUUGGGGGCAUUCGAUCCUCUGGAUGAAAUAGCAGAUAUCUGCACCAGAUAUGGCCUUUGGCUUCACGUGGAUGCAUCUUGGGGUGGCUCAGCUUUGAUGUCAAGGAAGCAUCGCAAGCUUCUGCAUGGCAUCCACAGGGCUGACUCAGUGGCCUGGAACCCACAUAAGAUGCUUAUGGCUGGGAUCCAGUGUUGUGCUCUUCUGGUGAAAGACAGCUCGGACCUCCUUAAAAGAUGCUACUCCGCAAAGGCAUCUUACCUAUUCCAACAAGAUAAGUUCUAUGACGUCAGCUAUGACACAGGUGACAAGUCUAUCCAGUGCAGCCGCCGGCCUGAUGCAUUCAAGUUCUGGAUGACCUGGAAAGCCCUGGGGACGCUGGGACUUGAGGAAAGAGUGAACCGGGCUCUUGCACUAGCAAGGUACCUUGUAGAGGAAAUUAAGAAGAGAGAAGGAUUCCGACUGCUUUUAGAGCCUGAGUUUGCUAACAUUUGCUUUUGGUACAUUCCACCAAGUUUAAGGACAAUGGAAGAAGGACCUGAGUUCUGGGCUAAGCUGAACCUGGUGGCCCCCGCCAUUAAAGAGAGGAUGAUGAAGAAAGGCAGCAUGAUGCUAGGCUACCAGCCACACCAGGGCAAAGUCAAUUUCUUCCGUCAGGUGGUGAUCAGCCCCCAAGUGAGCCGCGAGGACAUGGACUUCCUCCUGGAUGAAAUCGACCUUCUGGGUAGAGACAUGUAGCCAUCACUCCAGAAGGCCCCGGAGCCCACAGCCCAUGGAGCAGACGUUUCCCAAUGCAGAAUGUCUGGGGCCUUGUUUUAGAUGUGCUGCUCUUCAGAUGCUUAUUAGGAAACACGACCAUCCCUUUAAAAUCAAAAUGCUUAGUGUACAUCUUAAAGGUGCCACGAAAAACCUCCCGAGUCUAGAAGAGCCAGGGCAACGGCAACAGAAUCACGAGCAUCUCGUCAUCGCUGCUUGUUGUCGGGAAGAAUAUUUUCUGGGAGGGCGGAAGUAGAAUAAGGGUCCUGGGGAUUAAGCACUCAUUCCCUCUUCACAGGAGUCAUAGGACUCAUCGCAGAAAUUAUGAUUCCGACGCGUCAUCAUCAUAAACAUCCAAGAUUUCUAUUGGCAGCUCAAUGGGACUAUGGAAUGGCCGAGAGAUGAACUGAGAGUCGUCCAGCCAGGAGUCUGAUCCUGCUCCUAAGCCCCAGCAGUCAGACUCUGAACAGGUAGCUCUCCCGAGACCUCUAGCGACCCUGAAAGCAGGCUAAAGGUAUCUUCUAAAAGAGGAAUGAUGGCAGAUACUUAUAUUAAAGCGAUAUCCUCGCAAGUGGGCUGACGGUAGCAAAUGGUUGGAAUUCAACAUGGCGCUGAUCGGUUCGAGUCUACCUAUAGAUAUUUUUUUAAGCUCGCAAGUUGCUUUGUAGGGCAUAUAUUUCUUAUUGGUUUGAUUUUCCUUUUUCCAUCAAAGAUGAAGAGCCUCCAUAAUGUUCUUUCAUUCUCGCCUUCUGGAAAACAUUCUUGUCUUACUCGGAGUCCUAUUAUUUUGUUCUGGCUUAGCCCCCAGGUGUGGAUCUGCUUCCAUCCCCAUGGGGCGCAGGACCCGAUCAGACAAUGUUUAUCUUCCCUUAUAAUUCCCAUUUACAACAUGUUUUAAGGCUUUGAGUUUGGUCAUCCAAAUAUUAUUAUCAGUUGCAGAAAUAGAGGUUCAGGUAGGGGACUCACUUAGUAAAUAUCUGGACUUGGGUUUGAACCCAGGACUUCCGACUCCACCACCAACCCUCUUUCUACACUACCUCUCACGUUAGAUAAGGAAGCCCAAUCUAGACCUCCAACGUUAAAACUUUAAUCGUGAAAUUAAAUAAGGAGCAUCCGCUUUAUCAAAGCAACUGAAAUGAAGUUGAUAAUAGACUCAUUGGCCCCCACGUCUGUUCUUAGCACGUUACUUCACAAUGGUUGGGUUUGUUUUUAACCAUUUACUGAUCAUAUGACUAUACGAGAAUUUUUUUCCCUCUUUUUAAAAAGAAUUAAUUAAGUGCCUACUAUAUGCUAAGCACUGUGCUAAUUGUUAGGAACAAAAUUAUAAAAAAUUAAUUAGUCCUUGCCUUCAAAGAGCUUUUAUUCUACUGGGACAUGGACCAAUAGAAUGAAGCUGCCUUUUUAGCAAAUUAGACACUAAUGUGCAAAAGACCCUUUGAUUUGAGGGUUCUUCGAAUUAUCUUCCAAUUGGUUUUUUCCCUCGUUUUUGUGGGUUGUUUCGUUUUGAUAUGAUCAUUGUGUGUUUGCAUGAAGGCUGAAGAGCAAACUGAAGGAUGUGAUCACAUAUUCUUUAUUGUUCAUUUUUCUAGGCUGUAACUUACUAUAAAGCUGAAAUCAGAAUUUUUCUUGUUUGCACCAAGUUUUUUCAUCGAGGUAGCAAUGACCAAGCUUGUUUUUCUCUCUCACAUCUUGAGUACUGAAAAUCAUCUCUAAAUGAAGUGCUUUUGUGCCUUCAACUGAUGUGUCCAGUGUUGUACAACAUUCCCAUUUAUGAGCUCCAAAAUAACAGUGAUUUGUUGUGGUCAGAAGAUAAUAGAUUAAAAUAACCAAAAUAUAAAAUAAAAUAAGGAGCUCUUCACCUACGUCCUGGGUCCUGCAAUACGUUCACGGUUGUUUCUGGGAGUGGAUCCCCUUGGACCCAUCUAGAAGCCCAAGUUUACCUUUCUGUGGGAGUUUUACUUGAGAAAGGACUGGGCAGAAUUAGGUCCUUUAGAUACAUAGUUUUUCAAGUGAGCCCUGAUUGCCUAUCUUCUAGAUAUUUCAGCUAGAUUGGAAUUUGUAUCCCUAUUUUUCCUAGUCCUGGGCUACAGCUGCACCAAAGGCUUAAGGAUUGAAAGGUGUAAAAGUAUUAGAGUUGCCCUUAAUCUAUUUCUUUUCCUUAAGACAAAAAUUACACAGGCAUACUCCACCUAACAGUAAUUGGCUUUAUACAAAAUACAAUAUUAGGUGAAACAAUGAUCCUGAGGGCACUGAGUUACUUAAGAACUAGGUUAUUGAUGGGUGAUUGGCCAGAGAAAUUUACAGAUGUGGUUGGUGACUUUACGAUGGGGUUUAGUUAAAAAUGUAUUCAUAAUGUCCUUGAGAAAUGUUGGUAGUCAGGUCAGCCUUAUCCAAUGUGGUCUCUGUGUUGUCAUCUAAGGUCUUGAAUGCCCAACACCUGAUGUCAGGAAUUUUUCGGUGUAUGUUUAAUGCUGCUCUAUUUUCAUUUUAGCAUCUUGUUUCUGACUUCUAUUUCUAUGAUGUCAGAAUGGUUAAGGUACGUUUACCCACAUGCCUCUGAUUUCGAUAGAUGCUUCCUAGCUAUGCAGUGAUGACAUGGCUUGGAUUUGCUUUGGUUUAAACAGCAACAAAAACAAGAAUUAUUAUUUUUUUUAAGUCUGCACAUAUUUGUGAAAUCUACAUUUGUAUCUUCAUUAUGCAGAAAUGAACAUUAGAGCACAAAUCUCUCAUUUGACUUGAUUUUUUUUCUGUCAUCUACUGUUUACUAAUUACAAUAUUUAUUGAUUAUAAUGUCCCUCCUGGACUAGGCUGCCAUUUUAGCCACAGAGACAAGAGGUUGCUUAUCUUGUAGUUGAUGAUUUGAAUAAAAUUAAACAAGAGGAAUAAA